UUUAAUGUGCUGUGUCUUUGCAGAAAGGAGAGGCUGAUGCCAUGAGCUUGGAUGGAGGCUUCAUCUACAUAGCAGGCCAGUGUGGUCUAGUGCCUGUCCUGGCAGAGAACUACAAAACUGAAGGCCCUGAGUGUAGCAACAUGCCAGAGAAAGGGUAUCUUGCUGUGGCUGUGGUUAAAAAAUCAGCAGAUGAAUCCCUCACCUGGAACAAUCUGAAAGGCAGGAAGUCCUGCCACACUGCAGUAGAUAGAACUGCUGGCUGGAACAUCCCCAUGGGCCUGCUCUACAACAGGAUCAACAGCUGUGAAUUCGAUAAAAUUUUCGAACAGAGCUGUGCCCCUGGAUCUAUGCGAAAUUCCAGUCUCUGUGCUCUGUGUGUUGGCUCGGCAAAAACUCCAGGAAAGGAGUGUUUUCCCAAUAGCCAUGAGAGAUACUAUGGUUACACGGGGGCUUUCAGGUGUCUGGUUGAGAAGGGAGACGUGGCCUUUGUGAAAGACCAGACUGUCAUGGAGAACACUGGGGGAAAUAAUACUGAAAAUUGGGCUAAGGAUCUGAAGAUGAAAGACUUUAUGCUGCUGUGUCCUGAUGGCAGCAGGAAGGCUGUGACAGAGGCUGAAAAAUGCUUCCUAGCCCAUGCCCCGAAUCACGCUGUGGUCUCACGGAAAGAUAUGGCAGCUUGUGUUAGCAAAACGUUACUUGAGCAGCAGGAGAUGUUUGGAAAAACUGAAAAUGACUGCUCGAGCCAGUUCUGUAUGUUCCACUCAGACACCAAGGACCUUCUGUUCAAGGAUGACACAAAAUGUUUGGCCAAACUUCCGGAAGGCACAACAUAUAAAUCUUACUUAGGACCAGAGUAUAUCACAGCUGUUGCUAACCUGAGACAGUGCUCCACCUCAAAACUCCUGGAGGCCUGUACUUUCCACAAAGAUGUCAUUCCUGCCAACCUUUCCCGCUUCAUCUCCUGCCACUUCUCCAGAAAUGAUACCAGCUUAAUGACAGAAUGCAAAGUGGCAGCCCCUAAGCUGACCACUUCUGGCCCCAUAGAUAAAAGUAUCACUCGUGAAAUACCGCUGGCUCGAUGUAGUGUUCAUGAGAACUGCAACUCCCAUCAGGACUUUCGCGAUCCCGGUCCCGAAAGGAGGAAAUGCAACUUAGGAACUACCACUCCCGUGAUGCUCCGCUCCGGCCGCCUGCGCAGAGCCCAGGGCCACGUCGCUUUCGCGGCGCUGGAGACACGCAUCUCAGCCAUGGCUUCCGCGGAGUCGCGGCGGAUGGGGAAUGGCGGCAGUGUCGGGGGCGCCUUCCAACCCUACUUAGACUCCUUGCGGCAGGAGCUACAGCAGAGGGACCCGACGCUGCUGUCAAUCGUGGUGGCGCUUCUCGCAGUGCUGCUGACGCUGGUGUUCUGGAAGUUCAUCCGCAGCAGAAGGAGCAGUCAAAGAGCUGUUCUUCUUGUUGGCCUGUGUGACUCUGGGAAAACAUUGCUCUUUGUCAGAUUGUUAACUGGCCUUUAUAGAGACACUCAGACAUCGAUCACUGACAGCUCUGCUCUGUACAGAGUCAACAAUACCAGGGGUGCUAGCCUGACCUUGAUUGAUCUCCCUGGCCAUGAGAGCUUGAGACUUCAAUUCUUAGAGCGUUUUAAGGCUUCAGCCAGGGCUGUUGUGUUUGUUGUGGAUAGUGCAGCCUUCCAACGAGAGGUGAAGGAUGUGGCAGAGUUUCUCUAUCAAGUUCUCAUUGACAGUAUGAGUUUGAAGAACACACCGUCAUUCUUAAUCGCCUGCAAUAAGCAAGACAUUACAAUGGCAAAAUCUGCAAAAUUAAUUCAGCAGCAGCUUGAGAAAGAACUCAACACUUUACGAGUCACCCGUUCUGCUGCCCCCAGCACACUGGACAAUUCCAGCACUGCCCCUGUUCAGCUGGGAAAGAAAGGCAAAGAAUUUGAGUUCUCACAGUUGCCCCUCAAAGUGGAGUUCCUGGAGUGCAGUGCCAAGGGCGGAAGAGGGGACGCUGGCUCUGCUGACAUCCGGGACCUGGAGAAAUGGCUGGCUAAAAUCGCCUGAGGGGCAGAGCUAAAGUGCAGGACAGUUGAACUUGUAUGUGUGUGGAAAAGGGUGUGGUAGCCUUGAGUUGAUAAAGAAGGGGUACAGAAUGUAAUAAGAAACAUUUUCUUGUUCUGGAAACAAAUUACUGUCGAAAGUAACUUGGAAUUUUUGUUUUUAAGUUUAGUUCUCCCUCAUUGCUUUCUUUUAUUUGUGUGCUUCCCUUUGUUAAGGUGUUGUCCCUUUAACAUAAGCUUGACGUAAGGUUAGGAGGGUAUUAUGAGAAUAUGAUUAUCAUCUGAAAAUUUCUUAUCCUCUGCCUCUGUGCUUUAGUCCCUUUUGCUGAAAACAAACCCUGUCUGUGUAUGGAACUAGUUGAUUUCCAUUUGUCCUUGGCUGGUUCACGGUCAAUACAUCAUCUGGUCCUUUGUGAAUUCUCAGAUGUGUGGGUGUAGUUACAAGGUGGUCUCCUGACGUGUGAAGACAGGUAGAAAACAGCAAGGCUGUGUUGACAGCGGGUCUGUUUUUCAUCAGCUUGGUGACUUGUCCACACUCCAGCCUCAUAACACUUAGGUUUCAAAAACAUGCCCUGAACCCUUGGAGUCAUUCCCAGAUGACAGAACUGUAAAUGCUAAAUCCCCAAUGCCAAGGGCCUCGUGUGUUCUGGUGGUUUCCCUUAAUUGAGGAGUCUGUGAAGAUUUAGAAACUGUUGUGGUUUUCUGGAUGGCCGAGGGCUCCUGGAUGUGUUCGUGUGCUGUUUGGCCCCUGUUUUGUACUCCUAGCUAGAAUGCAGUGGAACACAUAGGAAUGAUAAAAGUUCUCCAUAGUUUUAACCAGCAGUGAAUAUACACUUUAAAAAAGAAAAGUCAGCCUCUUCAAAGUGAUGCUCUUUGUUGUCUUCUUGAAUGUUGGCUUUUUAAAUGGCUUUUAUAAAUUAUUAAUGCAUUUCUUGGCAAAUAAAAUAACCUGUCUGGCUCAAAGCAAGGAAAUGGAACGGUAUGGUGAGUACAAAUGGGAGCAUGUGUUAGGAAGGGUGCAGGCCUGGUUCCACAUCUCCAGGGCCUGCAGAUUGCAGCGUACACAGGAACAAACAGCUGUCCCUACUUCACACACUCAGGGACAAGCUCGGCCAAAGCUUCAGAUGAGAUCAGGGUGGCUGUGGCUAAGUGAGAAGGUAAUCCCAGAAGAGUGUGGUCAGAGCAUGAUGGGGGUGUGGGUGCUCGGAAAGCACGCAGCACGGGCACCCACCCUGGCUCUGAGGGGUCAGGGGGAGUCUGUAUAAACACGGAGCCAAUAACAUCCGAGUGCGGGAGGUCCCCGCAUGUGCUACAGCCCAAGCCUCUGGCUGCCGUCACGUCUUCCUUUGAGUGAUUCUAGCUCCGCGUGAGACUACAGCUCCCCUCUGCCCUCAACCCUGUUUCCUACACCUCGCUGCUCGCAUAUGGAGUAAGUGCAGGCUGACACGGGGAAGACCUUGGACCUUGACCCUGGUAGAGUUAUUAUCCUAAAGCCUCAGUGCUGCUAGUGUUCUUUCUGUCCUUUGGAUUCUUGGUUUUUGUCCUUAUUAGCUAGCAGUGAUUUAAGGAAAUAGGUAAGAGUAACGAAGCAGAAAUCAAAAAGGGUUGUGAUAAAUGUGACAUGUUCACAUAAUCACAGGUGCUUGUGUGAAUAAAAAUCAAUGGCCUGAUGCUUCUGUUAAGAGGCAUGUAAUCUCUCA